AUGACCACUAUCCUCGGUACCUCGAAUUCACGAGGUGGCCCUGUCCGCCAGACUCGUUCAAAUCCCACGAGACAGAUCAAGGGUUUGGGAUCUGCUGUCCGUAACAACUCACUCGUUUCCAACAAUGGUCUACCACUUGCUGCCUCUGCCACCUCCACUUCUGUCAAUCCGCUCACGAACGCCAAUGAACCUCCUGGCCUCUAUCCUGCUAUCAGCCACUUCGCUGACGCCAUAGCUGCAUUACCACGAGACUUCCGCCGCCACACAUCCCUGCUCAAAGAGGUGGAUGCGAAGGCCUGGGCUCCGGAAGAAAAUCUACAACAGAUCCUGGACGAGUGCCUUGCAGAUACCACAGCUACUUCAGAGAAGUUUCUUGCAGCUGCUCAUAGCUUCUCAGGAUCUGCCAUAGCCGAUGAUGCUGUCUUUGUCAGCGACGCCAACAGCGUUGCUAGCGUCUCAGUUAACAAUGCCUCCCUUGCAUCUGCUCGUUCUACCGAUCCCGUGACUCUGCAUCGAAGACGGCAGUUCCAUGCCCUGCGACAGAAUCUUAUGGCGAUCAUGGUGACUAUGGACGAGAAAAAUCACGUCAUCAACAAUGCCAACGAGGAUGUGUCAAGGAGCAUUCGUCGCAUGGAGAAACUGUGGCCGCAUAUUUCUGAGGAGAUUUCGGAGGAAGCGCGUCUGGGAAGCUUGAAGCACUGGGCCUACACCGAGACCAACCCUAUCAAGAAGCCUCCCGUCCCAACGACCAGGAGAGAAGCCGCUGCCAGUCUAGCCAGUCUACAUGAGAGUGAGACUGCUCAUAGGAGCGAAAGUAGAAGAGAAGCCAUGCUGGCUAGGAAGCAAAGGGCUGCUCAACAUGCCGAUUCGGACUUCGACGAAUCUAGGCAUGCCAAGAAAGGGCCGACAAAUGGCAAGAAGAAGGGAACAGAUACCCCAGUGGAUGCGGCUGGGGUUGGAAUCACUGGCGCUGGUACCGGGAAAAGGAAAAGGCAGGAAAAGUCUGCAAUCGGCGGGGUUAUCAUGGAGCGCUCGAUUAGCAGUGCUAUGGCUGCUGGUGCACGAGCAAUGUCAAGAGAAAAUUCACAACAGGAAAACGCGAAGAAACGAAAGGCUUCAGGUGCCGUCACUUCAGUGGCACGAAAAAGGAUCAAUGCCUCGACUCAAGAUUCCCCCAAGCUCGCAUCUUCUCCUCUUGCCGGAAGCACUGGCAAGGAAGCAUACAAAAGGAGCCCUGCUCUCUCCUCUGUGCGACCCGCCACCAAUCGGGGUCGACAAAAUUCUACGCAGACUUUGGACACCACUCGGGGACGACCAUCGUCCUCAACAUCACACAGGAAUGGAAAUGCCAACGCUGUGGCUGCAAGUAUACCAGAUGUCAACAAUGCUGCCACUACUACAGCGAAGGGCCCAAGCGACACCAAAACCAUAGUGAAAGAGACAAAGAAAGAAAAGAGCGAUCGUGUUGUUGAGGACGAGCCAAAGGUGGUCAAGAGCACGAAUGGAGAUCAUCCCCGGCAAGGACCUCUUCUUAUCGAUAUAUCCGCCGCCAAGCAAGAGUCCAAUACUUCGAAGGGCGAAGCAGAUCCCGUGGAGGACAACAUUGUCAAAAAGGUGGCAUCGCCCCGUGUUCCACCUGCUCUGUUGACAAGUGAAACUGCAUUGAGAGGCGAACGAACAGGAAGAGGCCGAGUAUCUAAAACAUCAACCCCCAUUGUGGGUACCUUUUCCGAAGCAGAGGCAGGAGAGCCGACUUCUGCAAGCAGCAACCAGCAUACGGGUUGGGCGUCUAAACAGAAGCGGCCGGCCCGACCUAGAGUCAAGGAUCAUGGACUCCAUGAUUCACUGUCACCGAAGGGUUUGCCGAUGAAACGCUCUCACAAAAGCAGUGGCAGUGUGUCAACAAUUAUUGCCCAGAUAAACACUACAGCACAGCGUCAGAAAGAUGAGCCGGACGCAAACAAGUCAAGUACUCCUUCGGAGACGGGUUUGGGAAACCGGGGGGACGAGGAUGAAGACAACGAUGCUGCCGAUGAAGACGAGGAACGGUAUUGCUAUUGUCAGGGAGUCAGUUAUGGUGAAAUGGUUGCUUGCGACAAGCCUGACUGCCCUCGACAGUGGUUUCAUCUCGACUGCAUCGGACUCAAAAGUGUACCGAAGAGCGCGAAAUGGUACUGUGAGGAAUGCAAAGAGGCAUUGGCAAAGAAAGGAAAAAUGGGCUCCAACGGAGGGAAUGGCACCGCCAAGUGA